AAUUCCCUUCAUUUAUGAGAAGUUGCAUGAAAAUCACCUUCCUUGAUCUGGCGAGGAAUAAUUUCCAUGGAAGCUUACCAAAGUGGAUAGGUGAUUUGUCAUCUUUGGUGAUUUUUCGACUAAGGUCAAACAUGUUCUCUGGUCAAAUUCCAAGUGAAAUCACAGAGCUUGAGGAUCUACAAUACCUGGAUCUAGCAAAAAACAAUAUUUCAGGAAUAAUUCCACAAUCUCUUGCAACCUUGAAAGGGAUGUCUUCAGAGAAUCAAGAUCCUCGCCAAACAGGACUGAAUGGCACUUUUGUACAGACAUCUGAAUGAUUCGGAGAAGUCAUGGAAUUUGAAUGGUAUGAUGAUAGCUUGUUCAUGGCAAUAAAAGGGAGGGAACUUCAGUAUAGCAGCCAGCUGAAGUAUAUGGUGAGGAUUGAUCUAUCCAGCAAUAAUUUGGUUGGAAACAUACCUGAAGAAGUUGGCUCACUAAUUGGUUUAAUAAACUUGAAUCUAUCUUUCAAUCAACUAACUGGAAAUAUUCCAUAUCAAAUUGGCGUUUUACAAUCGUUGGAGUCUCUAGAUCUCUCACACAAUCAACUUUCUGGUGAAAUUCCACAGACCCUGUCAAAUUUAACUUCUUUGGGAGAGUUAAACUUGUCCUAUAACAAUCUUUCAGGGAGAAUACCUUCAGGACCUCAGUUAGACACUCUCCACACUGAUGAUCCAGCUUCAAUGUAUAUUGGAAAUACUGGCUUGUGUGGGCACCCUCUUCCAAACAAUUGUUCAGAGAAUGAGACACCUCAUGGUCAUCCUAUCAGAGAGGGCAACAAUGAUUGGUCCUCGGCGACGGGCGGCAGCGAGGCGGGGAUGCAGGGCACCGCCGCAGAGAAGAGAAGACCCGGAGGAUGAUGAGGAUGACGACGGGCGGCGGUGCCACGCUGAGGAUAUUCCACCACGCCGCCGCUCGCUGCGCGAUGUCAUCAUUGGAAGGGGCCGGUCGGUUGAGUCGCGGGCGGCGGAAGGGGCGCGACACCGGAGCCGCACGCCGCAUCCUUCCAGCCGCCAGCGAGCGCACGGCAAUGGGCGCCAAGGCCGCUCACGGACCAGGCACAGCUCCCAAUGCUCCUGCCGCUGCAGAUCCCGUCGCACGCGCUCCCCAAGCUCCUUGACUCCUCGCGGUCAGGACGGCACGGGCGAUGCAGGCGGCGCGACGACCAAGGUGGUCGCUGUCAGUGGCCAGGCUGAUGGCGACCAGCAGCCAGUCAACGCUCUCGUGAGUCUCCCCGACCCUCUGAUCCAGA